AUGCACCCCGAGUCAACACUUUGUGCGAAGGCCAUUAAGUUACGCGUCGUGAGAAUCAUGAGUGGUGUUUUGACAUCCCCUACCUUGACUCCUGAAAAGGGUAGUAUAUACCAGGAGAACAUAAAGCAACCUACGAAUCAAGAAAAUAAUCCUACAAUCCAAGAACAGAAUUCCAACAAAAUUGAAGUCAGAAUGACCACUCCCGAGUCUUCGGGACAGCUGCCCAGCGAAGCCAAUAAGGCACUUUCGCGCGAGGAAAAGCAGAGAAUGAAGGCAAUUGAACAGGAAGAAGCAAGGAUGAGAAAGCAGGAAGAAAAACGAAUGAAAGAGCUUCAAAAAGAGCGAGAAAAGCUCGAGCGUGAGCAGAAAAAGGAAGAAGAACGUCGUAGAAAAGAACAGGAAAAGCUCGAACGCGAACAGAAGAAGGAGAGGGAAAAGCAGGAACGAGAAAUGAAAAGAGAGCUAGAGCGCAAGGAAAAGGAAAAAAGAAAGGAAGAAGAGCGACUCGAACGAGAACAGAAGAAGGAGCAGGAAAAACGGAAACGCCAGUUGGAACGAGAAGAAAAAGAAAGGGACCGACAAGAGAAGAAAAGAAAGAUUAUGGAGGAGAAGGAACGCAAGGAAGAAGAUAAGAAAAAGGCACAAGAAGAUCGAAGUCAGAUGAAGAUUUCUAAUUUUUUCCAAAUUGGAGCCACUCCAUCGAGCCAAAUAUCAGAUACAGGUUCUGCAAAAGAAGCGUCCCUCUCUGUAUACGAUGAGAUGUUUUUGCCGUUUUUCAAGAAGAACAAUACAGUGCUUGCACCGAGCGGUCAGCUUGAUCACGACUCUUUGACUGCGUCUAAAAUGUAUCUUGAUUCAAUCACAAUUGGAACCGAAAUCACGUUGGAUAACUUAUUCCCAUCCAAUAGCGCCGUCCAACUUGAAAAACCAAGAAAGCACACCCCUCCCAUCGAGAUCGUGAAUGCACUCAACUCGUCAGAAGUGACAGAAUCUCAAAUAUACUCCAUGUUGAGCCACCUCUCACCCAUCAAAUACCUUCACUUCUACGAGAACGCCAAGCCGCCAUAUAUAGGUACUUGGUGCUCAGAAGAGCAUCAGAGCAUUACCCUAUCUGACCCAUUGAGUACUGCCAAUACCGGAUUGGACUACGAUUACGAUUCAGAUUUAGAGUGGAAUGGAGAGGAGGAAGGAGAAGGAGAAGACAUUGAUAAUGAGGAUGACGAAGAAGAGGAUGAUGAAGAGAUCGAGGAAGACGAAAUGGAGGAUUUCGUUGAUUCUAACGACACUAAGAAGAAGAGAACAAAGUUCAUGGGACCUUUAAUAAGUAUCAAUAAGUGGAAUGACGGAACAAUUGAUGCAUUUCUGGACAUGAGGUAUCACAACUUGACAAAACAUUUGCAGUUUCCCAUUGAUCCAUUUAAAAAUUACUGGGAAAAGGAAAGUGGUCCAAGAAAGACUCUAGAAGAGGUAAAUCCACAGACUGUAUCCCCAGUCGUAGGGGAAACGAAGGACUCCAAGCAGGUUAAUACACUCACUCCACACAAGCCUGUUAUCACCGACAAAGAUACUGUUAAACAGCUUAUUUCGUUCAUUGAGCUGAACAGCGACUUCACCAUUGGAACCCUAGUUGAACUUUGUCAAAAGCAGUUCAAAUCAUACACAAAGUCUAUUAUCAAGCACACGGUGCAACAGGUUGCAUCUUAUGACAAGAAAGCCGGGAAAUGGACCAUCAAGACCGAGAUCAAGAACUCAUAG